CCUUGACCCUGCAGUGCAUAUCCUGUUGCAGGCGAAUUAUCAACACUGUCCCUUUCCGCCUAGAUUAUCCUGUAUUUAUUUUUAAAAGAUGUAGCUGAACCUUAAGAUGACACAAAUUAUUGAAGGAAAGCAUCUUCAGUGGUUGUUUAAAAUCAGACCAAGAGAAUGAGUUGGUUUAAACGGUCGGGUGAACGCAAGUCACCUGAGUCCUCAACACAACGUUCAGACACUGAUCCCAACACAUGUCUUGAAGUAUUUCAGAACCACUGGAAACAAGCUUGCGCUGUUAUAAACUAUCAAGAUAAGAAGUCCAAACUCUCCCCUGGCCAAGCAACUGUAGAUGGUGUUGAGACAGUUUUGAGUAAUUUGGAACAUAUGGUCACACUUCUAGUUAAUGAAGAUGAUGAUGGGGGCUUGCCAGGUCCUAUCCUGAAAUGGGUGCUAGCUUCAGAUCUUUUUGAAAUAUUUUGCUCCUGGUGCACUAUUAACGUAUCAAUUCAUGAGCGAUUACGAUUGCAACAACUUCGACUUUUUGAGCUCAUCAUUAGCCAAUCAAAGCAGCUUUUACUGGUACAUAAACCUGUGAUCAAGCCGUUACUUAGGCUGCUUAUGGAUGUGGCUGACUCACAAGAAAUCAGUAAUGGUGAGCUAGAGUUCAAGUUGGUCCUGGUCCUUCAUCAGAUAUGUAUAUGCAUUUCUCAGCAAGCUCUUAUACUGGAGAGUUUUUUCAGUACAGAUACAGACCAUGGGCCAGCAAGGUUCCUGAUUUUCUCUCUUUUAAUACCGUACAUCCAUCGGGAGGGAUCAGUAGGACAGCGGGCCAGGGAUGCUCUGCUCCUCAUUAUGACGUUGUCAGCAAGGCAUCCCCACAUAGGUCAAUACAUCGCCAACAACUCUGACUUUUGUCCGGUAUUGGCAACUGGCCUCAGUGGUCUGUAUUCCUCACUGCCCAGAAGAAUCAACCCUCCCUCAGAUGACUGGUACACUAUAACACGUGAGGAUUGUGUCAGGAUCCCUGACUUGCAGAUGUUCCUAAAUUCUUUACAGUUUUCCAAUGCUGUUGUGCAGAUAGCGCACCCACUAGUGAGAGACCAGCUAAUCCACUUUAUUUACUCUGGUUUUUUAGUUCCUGUUUUAGCCCCCGCCUUACAUCAGGAUAUACCUGGCCUUCCGAUCCCCUUGCUAGAUACAGAUUUAUUUGGGAUUUCUAGAGAAGAAGUCAUGACAGCCACAGCCUACCUGGACCUGUUCAUCAGGCAUGUCACAGACCCCCAUCUACUGAGGGCCACCCUCAAGUUUAUCCUGACUGAGAGAUAUGAUGAUAUCCUGAUAUUGGACUCUCUUUUACAGAGGAUACACUCAAACUCACAUUUAUCAACAGUCACCCUUGCUUUGUUCCAUACUUUGAUUGAUCUCAAUUGUGAAGAUGUUAUGUUUCAACUUGUCUUUAGAUACCUUGUGCCUUGUAACCAUGUGAUGGUCAGCCAGCGCCGGUCUAUUCAAGACCUUGACCUGUACGGCAAGUCAGCGGAGAAGUUCCUGUCCCUCAGGCCAUCUUGCUGUGUCCAGACCUUGCCACACAAUCCGCUCCCUGUUUCUCCCGCCCCCACAUCUCAAGUUGUUGGCAUGACAACAGGACCCCCAACACAAAAAUCUACAACCACAACAUCCUUACCAAACAUGAUUACCUCCCCUGACCAAGUACCCAACCAUCAGAGAGGGGAGACAAGCUACUUUGAAUAUCUGAAUGAUGCUCGUAACAAGCUGGAACAGACAGUCAAAGCAUGCCAACACUGGACCUACCUGUAUGAUGGUGAAAGUCCCCCUCCUGACAGCAUCAAAAAUAGCCAGACAAAACCCAAAGCCAGUGCAGCAAAGGCUUCUAAUAUACCAAAGACCGGUUACAUUGAGCUUGGUUCUAUAGCUAAACAAACACAAGAAGAAAAAGUAACACCGAGAAGUUCUCAGCCUGCGGAUUCAUCUGAUUCUAACGAUAUUAGUUUAAGUAAAGAAAUCAAUGUUAAACAUGAGAAUAACAAGCUGAUGAACGCUGUGCUGUAUUCAAGCCUAGAGGACCUGGACAGCUUUAUCAAGUAUCUGAGUGAAGUUGAGGUUGACGAGGGUGGGUCAGUCUCAGUGUCCGAAAGCUUGGCCUCGCUGGAAGACUUGUUGCAGGCUGUUUCGUCAGCCAGAAACAGGAGAAACAGCCCUGACCCCCACAGCCGGUCAAGUAACCCACCUGAAGUCUCCGCCACCGUUGACUCCGCUGGUGUCCCUGGUAGCAAGCCUAGCCCUGUAGACACCCGUGGUGUGCCUAAAGACUUGCCCACAAGUCCCCGCCCCACCCUUCAUGGUUUGUCCACCUCCCCCAUGAAGCAGACGCUGAGCCCAGGGGAGGUGUUGUCCCCGUACAAGUCACUGUUCUUCGCUGCCGAUGAAUUUGCCGCAGCUAUGCCAACAAGUCCCAGAAAGCAGCUAACCUAUUUCAAUGAUCCCCCAAAUAUAGGUCCAUUUCUUGGUGCCUUGUUCUCUAGACUGGAGCUGAUGAUCAGCAACUCCCUGUACUUCAACCUGCUGCUGACUGACAUCAUUGCCAGACUGGCAGCUUACCCACAGCCUUUGUUGCGCUCCUUUCUUCUCAACAACACUUUAGUCUUUCAGCCUACUGUCAAGUCCCUUAUACAGGUAUUAUCCUCACUAAGGCAGAAGCUGGACAGCUUCUCCCUCAGUGUGAAACAGUUUGAUAUGAUGGUGGUCAAUGCCAGACAAAACCUGGUCCAGCGCGAGGAUCAGCUGUUCCAUUUCUUUGAGCAAGGGGUCCUUGGCAUCCCUCCCACCCUUUUAAUGAUGCCGCAGGGGGUGAAGACCAGAGCUGACACCAUUGGUGCUUUAGUUCCAGCAAAAGAUAAGAAAAAGGUCACACUCAGUGAACUGUUCUUCAGGCGAUCCCCAGGGAAGGGAAAACUUGUGGCUGGGUCCAAACAUCAUCAGCUGCAGCGUGUACAGGUUGGAGGAACAGCAGCUUACCGUUACAUCAGCCCUCAGGACUAUGCUGGCUCGGGCGACCGGUCAAGCAUAGGGGACAGUUACGGUCAGUCGCUGACCACAUGGAAUGCUGUGUACUGCGCGCUCAUCCUGGAUGAGUUUCUCAAAGAGCUGGCAGCGCUCUCCCAGGAGCAUUCAGUUUUACAUGUAGACGAGGGCUACCUGAGUAGCUGAUCCACAGGUAGAGCUUUCCCAGGUGUGGGUCAAGUUUACCUGAGUAUUUGAUCUACAGGUAAAUUUUAUCUUCGAUGGAUGUAGACAGAAGAUUAUCUACUGGACUGGACUAUGAUGUUUCAUCAUUUAACCAGUAAACGAGGGAGAAUUAACAAGGGAGAAUUAAUGAGGGAUAUAUCGAUGUAUAUCUUUGCAUUUUAGUCCUGCUGUGUUCACUCCAUUAGUAGCUAGCCAGUAGCCAAGUCUACUCUUAGCUUCUGUAAUCUAGUGAAGUUUAUUUUUUUUUUUUUUACAAUUUUUAAAAGUAUGUUAGCUAUUAUUAUUUUUCAUUUUUUUCGCUUCUAGGUACUUAAUUUGUAGCAAUUAGUCAAAUUAUCAAUAUAUUCUAGUCCAGUUAAAAUUUUUUUUUACUCUUAACUUUUGGCCAAAGGCCUGCUAAAUCUUCACUGUACCACAGUAUUUGUGCCUCUCUUUGUUCUCAAAUGUGUAGAUGUUUCACAGAGGUACAUGUGUGUGUAAACCUAGGUCAUUUCAAGACUUUCAUUUCAUUCAUUCAUCUGUUUUUAAUCUGCUUCUGUGGACAUUUUAAAAA